AUGUUGUCGAAAUCAGCCUUCCUCGCGGCCAUUUUGGCUUCUCUUGCCAACGCUCAAACCACCUACACCGGCUGUCAUAACGAGACGACCUCAGGCACUGCCAUUGAAUACUGCUAUGGCCCAGAUGGAGUCGAGAGCGCCAGAGCCACGUAUGCCAGCAGCUUACCGGCUACCAAUGCAGCGACCACCACGGCACCCGCAGCAGGAAGUGCUCAGACUGAGUCUGUGACCGGAUGCCAUAUGCACGAGACGGCCGUUUACUGUAUCAACGGCGCUGGGAGCGAGGUACUCGUAUCCGCUACACCUACAGGCGAGCCCCCGGCGGCCUACACGGGCUGCCAUUCACACGGAGGCGAGAUGUUUUGCGUUGACCCCGAAGGGAACGACGUGGCGCUCGCUGCUGAGGCCGGCACUGAAACCGAAGCCACGGGUACCUCUGACGAAGGUCAAACCACUGCAGUUACCGGGUGCCAUAGCCACGAGACCGACAUUUACUGCAUCAAUGGAGCAGGCGCGGAAGUUCUUGUGGAAGCCACUGUAACCGGCGAACCGCCUGCACAAUACACCGGUUGUCAUUCUCAUGGGACUGAGAUGUACUGCCUCGAUCCCGCUGGUGAGGAAGUCUUUGUGAGCGCCGAGGGUGAAGAGGAGGGGUCUGCUGCCUCUACUGGCGAGCCUUCGGAGAAUCAGCACUGUCAUUUCCACGCUGGUGUUGAACACUGUGUUGGAGCCGGCGAAGAAGAAGGGACCCGGGAUUGUGGCCUCCGCACACGCGAUUACAACGUUGGUCUUCGUGUUGGCACUCUCUUUGUGAUCCUCGUCACCAGUGCCAUUGGUGUCUUCCUUCCGCUUUUGCUCAACAAGCUACCAUUGGGCGCUUGGGGUGGACACAUCUUGAUGGUGGUCAAGCAAUUCGGUACCGGUGUCAUCAUCUCGACUGGCUUCGUACAUUUGUACACCCAUGCCCAGCUCAUGUUUGCCAACGAAUGCAUUGGGACGCUGGACUAUGAGGCGACGACAUCUGCCAUCGUCAUGGCGGGUCUCUUCCUCUCGUUUCUUGUGGAGUACUUGGGCCUACGUCUCGUGGCCUCCCGUGCAGCCAAGUCGGCCGCUGAAUCCAGUGCAUUCCAAUCCCAGCAAGAGACUACGAAGGGUUCUCCGGCGCCAUCUCAGGAGUCACCUCGCAACGCUUUUGCAGCUGUUGACCAUCACCAUGGCGGGCCAAACAACAAGCUUUCUGUCAUGGUCAUGGAAGCUGGUAUCCUCUUCCACUCGAUCCUCAUCGGUCUCACGCUCGUUGUAUCCGGAGACUCGUUCUACAGGACACUGCUGGUCGUGAUCGUAUUCCACCAGUUCUUCGAGGGAAUGGCGCUUGGUGCUCGUAUUGCCAUGCUACCAGGUGCUAUCUUCCCGUGGAAGUUCGUCAUGGCGGUGGCGUUCACACUCAUUACACCCAUCGGAAUGGCCAUCGGCAUUGGUGUGCUCAACUCCUUCAAUGGUAACGACCCGAGCACUGUCAUUACCUUUGGCACAUUGGACGCAUUGUCCGCUGGUAUCUUGAUCUGGGUCGGCCUGGUCGACAUGUGGGCUCGAGACUGGGUCAUCGAAGGAGGCGAACUCCUGAACAGUGGUCUGUUCAAGACUUUAGGUGGUGGUGCUGCGCUCAUCGCUGGUAUGGUUUUGAUGGGUGUCCUGGGCAAAUGGGCGUAA